AUGAGACAGACUGAACGUAGUGCAGGGGUGAUACAGACUGGACGUAGUGCCGCGUUGACACAGACUGAACGUAGUGCCGGGGUGAUACAGAAUGAACGUGCUGCGGGAGUGGAGCAGACUGAACGUAGUGCCGGGGUGAUACAGACUGAACGUAGUGCCGGGGUGAUACAGACUGAACGUAGUGCCGGGAUGAGACAGACUGAACGUAGUGCCGGGGUGAUACAGAAUGAACGUAGUGCGGGAGUGAGGCAGACUGAACGUAGUGCUAGUGUGAGACAAACUGAAUGUGGUGCCGGGGUGGUACAGACUGAACGUAGUGCCGGGGUGAUACAGAAUGAACGUAGUGCCGGGGUGAUACAGAAUGAACGUAGUGCCGGGUGA